GUAUUGUGAUCUUACAUGGAAAACAGUCAGAAUCUGUCUGCAGAACUGAGGAUCCUGCCUGGCCUGUACAUCGGCAACUUCAAAGAUGCCAGAGAUGUGGAACAGUUGAGCAAGAACAAGGUGACACACAUUCUGUCUGUCCAUGAUAGUGCCAGGCCCAUGUUGGAGGGAGUUAAAUACCUGUGCAUUCCAGCAGCGGAUUCACCCUCUCAAAACCUGACAAGACACUUCAAAGAAAGUAUUAAGUUCAUCCACGAGUGCCGACUGCAGGGCGAGGGCUGUCUUGUGCACUGCCUGGCUGGGGUCUCCAGGAGCGUGACGCUAGUGAUCGCGUACAUCAUGACUGUCACCGACUUCGGCUGGGAGGACGCCCUGCACACUGUGCGCGCGGGGAGAUCCUGUGCUAACCCCAACCUCGGCUUCCAGAGGCAGCUGGAGGAGUUCGAGAAGCACGAGGUCCACCAGUACCGGCAGUGGCUGAAGGAAGAAUAUGGCGAGAACCCUUUGCGGGACGCAGAAGAAGCCCAAAGCAUUCUGGGUAAAUAUAAAGAGCAAGGGCGCGUGGACUCGCAGCCAGGCGCUAGGCGGUGGAGCAGCUUCUCGGCCCUGCCUCCUCUGGCCUACAACUACACGACGGAGACCUAACGCAGAGGGACCUGGUCUUUCCUGCUGCUGCUUUUCUUCGCGCCCACCGGCCUCGGUGGUCUGCUGGUUCUCCACCGGCCUCGGUGGUCUGAGGUUCUCCACCGAAGGUCUCCUGCCCCUGGGACUGAGAGAGGCAGCCGGGCGGCAGGUAAACGGCACAGGGCUGCCUCUCCAGGACUGCGCCCAGCCCCGCUCCGAGCGCCUUCGCUCUGCUCACCUGCGCCCUGACCUCGCCGCCCAAGCUUGCUGCCCGAGGCCGUGCCCAGGGUCCCGGGCUGCCACACACUGCGUGUGCCCAUGCACGUGUGUGAGCCGCAGCGGGUGCCUGUGGAUGCGCAGCGGGCCUCUGUGCGUGUGCAGCUUGGCGAGGCCGUGUGUUCAUGAGUGUGUACAAGUGUGUGCAUCGUGAGAGCACACGUGUGUGAAUGCUGGACGCUCAUGUUGCUGGAUGUCUUCGACGCCAAGCUGCCCGCAUCGGUGUGGUCCCACUUCUCCCUGCCCAGUCUCCACGUGGAGGGCACCUGCCCCUGACCUUGGAGAAGCUGCUGGGCUGGAGCUGCCCGUGCCUGCCGGCAGACAGCAGGAGGGACUCGGGGCUGCGCGGCUGAGAGCCUGGGCUCUCCCGGGAGCUGUGGGGACAGUGGGGUCCCACCCUUCUCCAGAAGGCUGUUCCAGGGCUCGUGGCGGUAGGGGUGUUGUUGGGUGGGGAUAGCGCUUGGAGCACUGCCGCAGGCGGAGCAUGAGCCCCGCAGGCCCUGGGCUCCCUGCUGCUCAAGUCGGGGCCCGUCAGCGUGCCGUGUCCCUGAGGUCUGCAUAGUGUUCUGGCUGCAUCUGAGGUUCUCCACCGAAGGUCUCCUGGUCAGAGGCCCUUCCUGCCCUCUUCUGCCCGCUGUGCGCAUUCCCAGCCUCUGUCGCCGUUCUCCCUGUGCAGGGGCCCCUUCUUAAGGUUUGCAUGCACCUGCAGGAAUUGGGAAGAAAGAGCAUUUAUUAGGCACUGUAGCCAUUUGUAUUAAAAAAUGCCUGAGCACUUAUUAAGCUCCGUGAUGUAUGCUGGGGAUUUGGUCUUUGAUCUCAGCUACCUCAUUAAAUGUCUUCUGCAAAGGUG